AUGGCGAAUGCCGACAUCAAGGCGCACUUCUCAGGCGACAACAAUCGAGGCUUCCAGCAAGGGAUCAACUAUGGAAAGAUCUACAACACCUUUGGCGACAGAUCUGAAGAUCGUCAGGGAGAAUAUCUGGCUAAGCUGCCUUAUGCUGAGGGCGCCGCUUUCGACUCCUACCUUCGCCGACACGACCCACAAUGCCUCCCCAACACCCGCGUCGAGCUCCUCCAGCAGGUGAGGGCAUGGACCGAUGAACCUGGUGGCAGGUGUACCUUCUGGCUGCACGGCAUGGCCGGCACGGGCAAGUCGACGAUUGCGCGCACUGUCGCUCAUGAGCUCAGCAGGCUCAAUCUUCUCGGAGCAAGCUUCUUCUUCUCCCGUGGUGGGGGUGAUCUUGCUCGCGCUGCCAAGUUCUUCACCAGCCUCGCUGUUCAGCUAGCAAAAACGUCGCCCGCCGUCAAGCAGCACGUUUGUAUAGCGGUGGCCGAGAACCCCGACAUCACCCAGCAGGCUCCGCGCGAUCAGUGGAGGAAGCUUAUCCUUCAACCGCUCUCCAGCUUGGAGGACGGCUUGAUCGAGUCGCGGCGGUUGGUGCUUGUGAUCGAUGCCUUGGACGAGUGUGAGGGAGAAGACGACGUUCGGCAAGUGCUCCAGCUGCUUGCCGAGACAAAGGAGCUGAAGACGGUCCGACUGCUUACCUUCGUGACGAGCAGACCUGAGACAGCCGUCCGCCACGGCUUCCGCCGGGCUUCUGGAGUGUACCAAGACUUUGUGCUUCACAACAUCGAGCAGUCCAUCGUCGAGCGGGAUAUCCUUAUCUUCCUGGAGCACGAGCUGGAUGAUAUCAGGCAACAACGAGCUCUUCCAGCAGGGUGGCCUGGUCAGCAGAAGAUAAAAGACCUUGUGCGCCGGGCUGGUGGGCUGUUCAUCUGGGCGGCAACGGUGUGUCGGUUUAUUAGAGGCGGCAGGAAUCUUGCUGAAAGACGCCUUACCCUUGUCCUCAAGGGUGGCACUGCUGGACUAGACAGCAUGUAUACCACAAUUCUGAAGGACUCGAUGAAUGGGCAGUUCGACGAGGAAGAAGAAGAGGAGGUAUCCCGCUUGUUUCGAAAGAUUAUAGGGUCUAUUAUCGUCUUAUCCGAGACCCUAUCUACUGCCGCCUUGGCUAGCCUGCUUGAUGAGCCACGGACAACAGUGGACGGGACUCUGGGCAACCUGCGUUCUGUCUUGGAUAUGUCGGAUGGCCAAGGCUGCCCGAUCCGGCUGUUGCACCCUUCGUUUCGCGACUUCCUGCUCAGCAAGGAAAGAUGCUCUGACCCUCAGUUCUGGGUCGACGAAGGGAAAGCACACAGAGAGCUGGCCGACAGCUGCCUGCGAGUCAUGUCGAGGGGCCUGCGCAAAGACAUGUGCGGUCUGCAAAAGCCGGGGGCGCUCGCCAGUGAGGUGGAGCGCAGCACGGUCGAGCGCUGCGUCCCCACGGAGCUGCAGUAUGCGUGCCGCUACUGGGUGCAUCAUCUGCAGCAGAGCGACAGCGGCCUGGGCGACGGUAGCCGAGUGUACAGCUUCCUUCAGGAACACUUCCUGCACUGGCUUGAGGCCCUUAGUCUAAUAGGAAAGAUGUCGGAAGGCGUUCUUAUGGUGGCAGGGCUGCAGAUGUUGCUGGCACGGGAAGCAAACCCUGCUUUAAUGGCGAUGCUGCAGGAUGUGAGGCGCUUCAUGCUCGCCUACCGGUUAAUUAUUAAGCAGGCACCACUUUAG